UAUCGUUUCUCUGUUGUUCUGAUCAAAAUGAACAGUUUAUUCAAAUCCACCGAAUUUGACGAGAAGUCUAAAAUAUGGAAAGGAGGUUGCAUUCCCAGAAUGUUUGAUCCUAAAAUAUCGGUGGGAAAAGCUGCUCUCUUCAUUCUCAAUCAGAAUCCAGAUUUUGUCGCUCAAAUAAACGAUAAUAGUGGAAUCCAGAAGACAAAUCGAGAGAUUCACGAUUGUGUUGUGAAUAUUGCUGUCAAUCUCCGAAAACUCGGUUGCUCCAAAGGUGAUGUUGUUGGAUUUAUCUCCAGGAACAAUGAAUUCAUCGGUCCAGCUGUUUUGGCUGCCUUUCUACUCGCAGCUCCCGUGAAUUCUCUUGAUACGAUGUUUUCCAAAGAUGAGAUAAUUCACAUGUACAGCAUUACGCAACCCAAAUUUAUUUUCUGCGAAAGCGACAAAGUCCCAGUCCUGACGGAGGCUCUUAAAGUUCUGCAGUGUAAUGCAAAGAUCAUUGUUUUUGGUGAGAGAAUUGACGAUCUCCUUCAUAUAACUGAUAUUUUGAAGAAUUCUGAACCCUUGGAGGAUUUUGUCUUUCCGGACGUUGAUGAACACACUUGUGCUGUCAUCAUCUGCUCUUCUGGCACAACUGGACUUCCUAAGGGCGUGAGUCUCACUCAUAACCAUAUUCUUUACAUGGGAUCUUAUGGAUUUACGGAUGAAUUGGAAAAACCCUGCUCAAUGAUCUGCUACAGUUCACUCUACUGGUAUUCUGGUCUGGUGACGCUCGCGAUCAGCAGUCUCACGAGCGUCACGAGAAUCAUCACAACGGAUCCUUUUUCACCUGAACUCUUCUACAACAUGAUAAUGAGAUAUCGCCCAAGAAUUCUUUUCACAGGACCUAUUCAGUUGUCUGCAAUCCUGAAUCAUCCUCUUCUGAAUGAGCAAACCAUGGAUUGUGUUCAAUACUACACCUGCGUGGGAAGUAUUGUUCCGCAAUCUCUGUGGGAGAAGGCCAAACAUUACCUGCCAAAUGGGGAAAUUUACAACGGCUAUGGAAUGUCAGAAGUGGGAUUUGUUUCGCGAGAGCCUCAGAAGACUCCAAGAUAUUCUGUGGGAAAGCUCAUUGCUGGAAUUCACGUGAAGAUUAUCGAUGAGAGUGGCAAGAGAUUAGGAAUAGGAGAGAGAGGUGAAUUAUGCUUCAAGACGGAUAUCAUGUUUCUAUGCUACUACAACAAUCCUGAACAGACAGCCAAGGCUCUGGACGAGGACGGUUGGAUUCAUUCCGGGGAUCUUGGGUAUUUCGAUGAAGAUGGACUUCUGCACAUCAUUGGACGCAACAAGGACAUCCUCAAGUACAACAACUACGUCGUAUCUCCGGCCGAAGUUGAGAACAUGAUCCUCACCAUUCCGGGGGUUCUUCAGGCUGUAGUCGUGGGAGUUUCUCAUCCAGUGUCGAUCGAUCUUCCGGCGGCUGCUGUUGUUCGGAAGAAUGACGCAACUGUGACGGAACAAGAGAUCUUGACAGUGAUUGAGAACAAAUUAAGUGACGCUAAGCGACUUCGCGGAGGAGUUUACUUUGUGGACAGUGUUCCCCUCACACCAUCCGGUAAAGUCAAGAAGAAUCUCGUGAAAGAGAUAGUAGAGAAAUUGUACAGAGAGAAAAAUCAUUAAAUGAAUCGGUAAAUCGAUAGAUGACAGUCUAAUUCCUCGUACAAAGCGUGGAGUUUCGGUGGUGGAGAGGAAAAAUCUGGCGGACUGAAGGGAGGCGCACGUGAUAAGGCCAAAAAAUUAAGCACCAGAUUUACGAUGGGAAUCACUGUGAUAUUUCGAUGGGGAGGCCUAUUAAUGUGCCAUUACGGGGGAGAAUCGAUAAAUAUC